AUGAAGAGCAUGAGAGAGCGCAUGAACAAAACCCUCAACUUGAAGGACCUGUCCGUGAACACGAAGCAGGACAAGGACGACUCGGGCGUUGCGGGCCUGGCAGGGGGGCCCAAGAGCAAGAAGAUCGUCGGCAUGUCCGAGGCUGAUUUUUCUAGGCGGUACAAGCUUGGAGGGAUGGUUAUGGAGUCGACGCACGCAGGAAUGUCGGUAUUAUACGCUUCCAGGCUCAAAGACAAUUUCCAGGUCGUGGUCAAGGUGCGGGUCAAGGCAAUGUCGUUCAAGAAAGGCUCCGAGGAGAUGGAGUGGCGCGCGACCAUGGAGUUCCAAAUGAACAUGCCGAAGACAGAGUCGAUAUGUGAGCUAAUUGAGGUGAUCGAGACCGAGACGAGCUAUUACGUCGUCAUGGAGAGAGUGGAGGGUAGGGACCUUUUCGAAGAGGUUGCGGACCAGCCCAUGAAGCACGUCGACGUGCGCGAGGUCAUCUACCAGAUACUGGAGGCCGUGAACGCGAUGCACACCGCCGGAAGGAUACACAAAGACCUGAAGCUCGAGAACGUCAUGGUCGAUAUGGACUCCCCGAGGGCGAAGAAGGUCGGGCGCAGGCUCUCCGGGGUCGGCAUGGCGGGGGACCCCCUGGGAGGGGAGAUCGGCAGCCCCGUGCAGGCGAAGCUCAUCGACUUCGACACCGUGGAGUCCUGGGAGCCCAACAGCCCGAAGGCCAAGGACGUGCUGGGGACGGACGGCUACAUCUCGCCAGAGGCUUACCUGGGCGAGUACUCGCCCGCCUCGGACGUGUAUUGCGUGGGCGUCAUCCUUUACAAGCUUCUCACCAAGAAGUUCCCGUCCCGCAAGGAGCUGUUCGACGACAAGCCCGGCGAGAACUACGUCGGCAGCCCCGCCAUGAAACGCAUCUACGACCGCCUGAAGGUUCAGAAGAUCGACUUCACGCUCUCCCCCCUCGACAAGUGCCCCCAGGCGGCCCAGCUCUGCGAGGCCAUGCUCGCCUUCGACGCCGGGGCCCGGCCCUCCGCCGAGGAGGCGCUGCAGAGCCCGUGGUUCACCCUCCCGGCCGACGCGCUCCCCGAGAGGGUCUCCACGCAGAGGCAGGCCUCCAUGCGCUGA